AUGACUAUUACCGGCACUUCCACGAUUGUCUUUCCGAAAUUGGAUGCUUCCAAGGACAAGGCGGGAAAGACAAAGAGGACGCAUGUGUGUAAUAUACCCAGGAGAAGCCCUUCGGGUGCAGGAGAUCUCCUUGUUCGCCACGAAAGAACCUUACAUUCAGCUGAGCAGUUGGCAAUCGCCGCUGGCCAGCAACUUUCCAAGGCUUCCAAGUCGCCGGGACAUGAAUCUUCUCAACAAUCGUUACUGAACCAUGCCGAGUCGGAGCCAGACAAUGACGUUGUCUCGAUCCAAAAAAGAGACACAGUGCCUUGUCCGAAUCAAGCCCGAACGGAAUCAAAAAGUUGUCUGCCAUCGAAAUUCAGGAAGGCUCCAUCGGUACCCACGACGCCAAAGUUUGACCCACAUACGCAGCACAGUAGCACAGCAAAGAUCCCCAUGUUUUCGAAACAGAUACCCACAGCUGAAGCGACAGCCGAGCUUGAGGAAGCCUCGCUCUCCGCUCCGACAUCUGCUCUGGGAAAUGAAGCGCAAUCGGCAACAGGACUCGAUAUCGCUGACUUUACUAUUGCCAUCCCUGAUCUUAAUAAAUUGCGGACGUUCCCUAGCUCAGUAUCUUUACCUGACCUCGAUGGGGGUCUGGAGUUCCUUGAUUUCUUCGACCCCUUUUUGGGACUGCCUCCCAAGCAGGUGGAAGCAUUAGGACUUCCGGCGCUCAAUGGAAAUGCGGAUGGUUGGUCUCCAUUGGAGAACUUCUCUGCUUCUAGUCAAACUUCAAUGCAGGACUAUGGAUUUCAGCAAUGCCACGCCCGUGCAUCAACAGAGCCUUCACCUCUCGACUCAGCAGUGUUUGUGUCGCACGCGCCAGGCGAGCCAGCAUCUUGUGACGACCGCCACAAUUUCCGACCAGCAAGCAGCUUCACUGGAACUGAGAAACAUCCUAACCCUGAGCUGCCUCAGACCGUCUCGGGUAAAUCACCAACUCUAAUAUUCACGGAACAAAUGCGAACAGCCCUUCUGAAAGAUCUUUCGAACCGGCUCUCUUCGGAGCAAUUAUGCUCUUUUCGGCUUCCAAGUGCAGCUGCACUUUCAAAAUGCUUGCGGACUUACGCCGAGGCGUUCCAUGUACACCUCCCUAUCUUUCAUUUUCACACGAUGGAUUUUGAGCGCCUUCCGUCGCCUCUUGUUCUGGCAAUAUGUGCCAUUGGGGCUCUUUAUCGGCUGGAAAGAAAAGUUGCCGCCUCUCUCUACCUGAAGGCCGAUCAAGGUCUUUCAGUUGCAGUUGUUCAACGUGGCGGGAACCUCGAUAAGAAACCCCGACUGCUUGAAGAUUGGACUCAUCCUCCACUAGAAUGCCCGAAACCAUAUCGAGAGUCUCUUUGGGAAAGCCAGACUCGUUUGCUCCUUGCCAUGUUCAGCGCCUUCAGUGGUGACAUCGAAGUUAUUUCCAAGGCUAUUGUUCAUCUUGGUGAUUUUCUCAUCGACUAUCGUGAACUUGCACCAUCUAUGAAACCUCAAAAAGACGGUCUAGAAUCUUUGUCGUGGCAGGAGUGGGUCGAGAGAGAAAGUGUUAAAAGAUUGCUCUAUGGCCAUAUCAUGUUCGGAAAUCUGGUGACCAUGACUUAUGGCAUACCUCCAGGGUACUCGAUUAUAUCAGAUGGCUAUAUCGAAAUGCCCUGGGACCAAAACCUUUGGGAUGCUCCUACCGCCGAGGGUUGGAACGAGCUGUGGAUUGCCACAGGGAAAACCUCGCCUCUCACAUUGAGAGAUGCAGUAUCGAAGGUGAUGUACGGAGAUUCCUCGAAAGGAAUACCAGAAGAAUGCUGGCUGUGGUCCCCUUUCGCGAUCAGUGUCGUCAUCAAUGCCGUUUCUAUUCAAGUGUGGCACAUUACGCAAGGCUCACAUUUCUUCGGGGAGUUCUCUGGCCGAGGAAGGUCUCAGGAGAAUCCCAAAUCGCAAAUUCUGACCCAGACCGAAGCUGCACUGUCCAGAUGCAGAGCUCUUAUCACUCAAGCACGGUCUGAUGCAGAUUAUGCUUGGGCAGACGCUGAGGGUCCUUUGCUUUUCAAUUGUCUUGCACUACUGCGGGUCAGCUACUGUCGAGCGUUUACGGGGAUCGGUGCAGCAGACUCAAUGAUUCUGCUAAAAGAAAGCCGCGGAGAGCUCCUGACUUCCAUUGAGGAAUUUGUUGUAAUGGCUCAGGACAGGAAUGACUUGGUGACGAGAGCAGUUAGCCGGGCGUUCGAAGGAAUGUUGAUACCCUACAAAUCAGGGACGUUGCUCAUCAGAAAGACGGCUGCGUUAACGUGGGGAGUGGGCCAUGCUCUCGCGGGAUGGAAUUCUGCAUUACUCGUCACGAAAUGGGUGCAUGCUAUAGAAGCGGAAACACGUCGAAACAACGGCGGAGUGAUCAGCGAACUGGAAGCGCAGACUAUGCAGAGCAUUCGUGAUCUCCUCGUCGAACUUGAAGAUGAUUCUGAUACCCAGGUCGUAUCGUUGGCGGCCAAGCUAGCACGGCAUUGGGCAGGAUUUUAUGAUGAUACGUGGGUAUGGGGAGUUACUCCUCGAAUGGGAUGGGUUCUGCGGGAGCUGGCUCACUAUUAUGAGAAUGAUUUGGCCAUUCUAUAA